AGGAGCAGCUAAACGGCUAAACAUGGCUCAGCUCACAUACAGCAGACUGUCCCAUUUACUGAGGACGUCCCUUCAUAAACCUCCAACGUACCGAACGGGGACAGAAAUCCAACGCGGAGCUGCGUGUUGUCUUCAGUUCAUACGCUGCCAGAGGUCGGUGGACAGUAAGACGUUACAGGAGAGGCAGAAGCAGCACAUGGCGAGAGGCCUUCCCAAACAGAAGCCCAUCGCCGGCGUCAAACAGGUCAUCGUCGUGGCCUCAGGGAAAGGUGGCGUGGGCAAGUCCACCACCGCAGUGAAUCUGGCUCUCGGAUUAGUGGCCAACAAUCCGUCUAAGUCAGUCGGCCUGUUGGAUGCUGACAUCUACGGUCCGUCCAUUCCCAAACUGAUGAACCUGAAGGGAAACCCGGAGCUCUCUGACAACAACCUGAUGAUCCCGCUCACCAACUAUGGGAUUCCUUGCAUGUCGAUGGGGUUCCUGGUGGAGGACGUGGCUCCCAUCGUGUGGAGGGGCCUGAUGGUGAUGUCAGCGAUAGAGAAGCUGCUCAGACAGGUGGACUGGGGGUCAUUGGACUAUCUGGUAGUUGACAUGCCUCCUGGGACAGGUGACGUCCAGCUGUCAAUCACGCAGAACAUCCCAAUCGCUGGCGCCGUCAUUGUGUCGACGCCGCAGGACAUCGCCCUGCUGGACGCUCGCAGAGGAGCCGAGAUGUUCAAGAAAGUUCACGUGCCGGUUCUCGGUCUGGUGCAGAACAUGAGCGUCUUCCAGUGUCCCAACUGCAACCACCAGACUCACAUCUUCGGCUCUGAUGGGGCCCGACAGCUCGCAGAUACGCUGGGAGUCCAGUUCUUAGGUGACGUUCCUCUUCAUCUAAACAUCAGAGAGAUGUCAGACAGAGGAAAGCCAGUGGUCGUGUCCUCUCCUGACAGCUCUGAGGCGGAGGCAUACAGGAAGGUGGCGUCUGCUGUGGUCCAGAGACUACAGGAAGUCAACACUUGAUUGGCAGCUUCAACAGGAAGUCAGCAUGUGGACUGUGGACACACAUGAAGACACUCCAGGACAUCUUCACACGUGACACACGUGAACAUACGCACACAUCGAACAGAAACGCACACUGAGUUCAAUCCAAAGCACUACUAGUAACAGUACACACUUUGUACUAAUAUUACAGUAUUACUGAAUAAAUGUAAGUCAUUUAGUUGUCUGAAUAUUAUAUUUUUAAAUAUUUAAAAUACUGUUUUUAAAUAGUGCCCCAAAUGGCAGCGUGAGACUUAAUAUAUUUAAACUUCAUUACCCAGAGUUCCAGUGGAGUCUAAAUAAAAAUAAAAAAACAGAUGAGAGAGGACAAAAAACUUCUGGAUGCGAGUCCUCAGGCUGGAAAUAAGAUUUCUGUUUGUGCUGCUUUAAUAUGAAAAUGAAAUGAAACUGAAUAUCUAAUUUAUCCGAACAAACAGAAAGUUUAACUGAAUUCCAUUUUGGUCUUAUAAAAAUCCCAUCAUGUGUUUUUUAUAACUGUCGCCAUGAAUGUGUAUAUAAUUGUGUAUUUUCACAGGAUCUUAAUGAUUAAAAUAUGACUUUGGAUUCAUUCUGGAUGUUUGCUUGUUUCUCAGACGAUUCAAAGAAACGUGAAAGUUUCUGUUCUGUCGAUGAGAAAUGUCUCUUUGCUUGUUUCAGAGACACGAAAAUAUGAAUGUAGAACUGUAAAAAUAAAUGACU